GGCGGGUACGCAGGCGGUGGAGAGUUUGAAAUUGAAAGGCAGCGCGUCCGAGGAGCGGCAGACGGAGGAGCGGCGGGUCGGUUCCUGCCGGACGGGUCCAAUCAGGUGGAAUCUGCGGCGUUCCUGGCCGCUCAGCGUCUUAAAACAUAAUGGGUGAAGACGAACUAGCCCUCUUAAAUAAAAGCAUAAAUGAAUUUGAGAAUAAGUUCAGAAACAGACAAGAUGAUAAUCGUAGUCUAGUGCUGGGACUUAGAGACACCUUCAAGGACUCCAUGAAAGCACUUUCAGAAAAGCUGUCUUUGAAAUUAAAGGAAGAAGAAAGGAUGGCUGAGAUGAUUCUGGAAUAUAAAAAUCAGCUCUGUAAGCAGAAUAAGCUCAUUCAAGAAAAGAAAGAUAAUGUGUUAAAGAUAAUGGCUGAAGUAAAAGGCAAAGAGCAAGAGUCGGAAGAGCUGAUCGCUAAUAUCCAGGAUCUCAAGGAAGAGUGUGCUAGGAAGAAGGAAACCAUUUCCACUGCUAACAAAGCUAAUGAAGAGAGAUUGAAACGACUGCAGAAAUCAGCGAAUUUGUAUAGAGAUUGCCUUGGACUAGAAAUUAGAAAGAUUCAUGGUAAUAAAUUGCAGUUUAUAUUUACCAGUAUUGACCCUAAGAAUCCUGAGAGCCCAUACAUGUUUUCCAUGAGCAUCAAUGAAGCUAAGGAGUAUGAAGUGUUCGACUGUUCACCUCAUCUUGAGUGCCUAGCAGAAUUUCAGGAGAAAGUCAGGAAGACCAACAAUUUUUCAGCCUUUCUUGCCAAUGUUCGGAAAGCUUUUAUAGCUAAGGUUCAUAAUUGAUAGAGGUUUGUUCUUUGUUAUUGUAUAUAUCCUAGAGGAAUUCUCAUCUCUUGUCCUUGUCAUUUUUCUCUAUUUCUGUGUGGUAUUAAAGAAACUAGAAUACAUCAUCCCAAACCAUGCCUCUUUGAGGUAACAUUUGUGAGCUGGAAACAGUUAAGCAGCAGCAGAGUUAGAAAACCUUUGCCCUCCCCAAGUCCCUCUGCCUAAACAUGGGGCCUACAUGAUAGAGGUAACUAGCUCUGUACCCACAAAGAAAGAAAGAAGUUAGUCGCUUACCACUGCAGACGUGGCACCAGAGGAAUUGACAAGUCUUGCUUUAUUAAUUUAUUCCUGUAAAUAUAUUCUUCAUAAUUCCCCAUCUGUGGACAUCAAAAGGCAAAUCUGCUGUCUUAUCAUGUUGUAAAAUUCUACUGUUCUCUGUUGAAGAUGCUGUGUAAACCUGACUAGGCCACUGUUUGGAGUUCUCUUCUGUUGGGGUUCUCCUGUAUAGUGUGGUCUGCAUGUGUUAAUAAACUUGCUUGGUGUCUCCCA